CGGGGACACCGCCCACCUCCCACGCCAGCUCGGAUAUCCCGAACAGCUGCGGCGCAUCUAUCUGCUUCGGUUCGAGCUCUCACCGGACUGGGAACACAGGUUGUCCGUUGAUGCUGGUCUUGGUGCGGGGUUGGGUGUACAUGUUAUAAGCCUCCUUGAAGGAGUCUGAACCGAUCAUCCUACCUACAGAAACAGACACAGACCGUCUUGCGAUUCCUGCUUUGCUUGCUUGUACGAUGUCAUUAUACGAACUCCUGGAUGUGCAAUACGAUACUGCAGCGUCGGGGGAAGCUGGAAGCUCGGGGCAUGCACAAAGACGACUAGACCUCUUUGUCCCACCAGUCGAAGCCCCCCCAUUGCUCGUAUUCGUGCACGGUGGUGCCUGGCGCUCGGGGGACAAAUCCGAGCACACUGCACUCGCGCGCUCACUUGCUCUGCAGCAUAGUACAGCAGUAGCGGUGGUCAAUUACCGUUUGACGGAACGGAACCCUCCACCUGGAGAGAUGGUAGAGGUCAGGCAUCCGAUGCAUGCCCUGGAUGUGCUUCUCGCUAUCGAGUUCCUGUACGAUUGGGCUGGGGAGGGGGAGGGGAAGCCAGAGCUGCAGAAGUCAUUCGAUAGGGAGAAGCUGUACUUCAUUGGCCAUAGCUGCGGCGCCCAUAUCCUCACCACGCUGUUCCUCUACCCACCCGCGCUCUCCCUCCCCCCCACACCCUCACACAUCCUCCGUUCCACCCACGCCCUCCUCCUAGCAGAAGGGAUCUACUCCCUUCCCCUCCUGCUGGAAACCUUCCCUUCCUACAUCGAAUUCAUCGCCCCUCCUUUCGGCGGCAGCAGCUCCGGCUCCAGCAGCCCUGGGAGCAAAUACGACAUCUUCUCCGCGAACCACUAUGAUCUCCGCCCUGGGGGGGAACACAUGCAUUGGUGGGUCGUCCACAGCGAGGGGGACGAACUGGUGGAUUUUGAACAGCCGGAGGUCAUGUUUGACAGUCUGGAGAUCCUGUUAGAGGGGGAGGAGGGAGAGGUGCAUCAGGAUUGGGACACGUUGAAAGGAGACCAUUAUAAGACUCUGGACGAGCCCAGGUUUUCGGAGAUCGUUGGGGAGAUGUUGGCCGUUUGAGUGGAUGGAUAGGUGUAUACCCUGGAAUAUGUUGUACAACGGACCUUUUGUAGACUCG